AUGAAACUCUCAGUAAGCAUUGUGCUUACUGUAAGUCUCUUCCUGUCUUCUCGGCAUCUCCAGGUACAAGCUACAGCGUCGUCUUCCAUGAAAACAUCAAAUCAUCUACUUGAACCCGUGGAUGCCUCAACACCGGCACCUCCUUCUGUCUUCCCAUCGAUCCAGCAUCCAUUUCCUCCCGUCUAUGCAGAUCCAGAAUUUAAGGCUGUCGUACCUACCUCGUCUUGGAUCAGCAAUCUAUUUUAUCCCAGUGUCAACAACUUGGCACCCACAACAUCUGACCCUUACAUCUUGAGGCUAUUGGACGGGUUUGGUGGAAAUCCCGGCUUAUCCAUUUCGCAACCUCAUGACAAGGUCAUUGGAUCGUAUCCUGCUAUGAACAACAUUCCUCCUUCUCCCGCCGGCUAUAUUAUCAAUGGAGUAGUAGUAGAUAUUCGUCUCACUGCGCAAGAAUGGACACAGGCACCUAAACCGCUUGUUACCAGUUGGGGCCAUUUCAAUGCGCAUUUACGCUUAUCUGGAAGCAAUGGCAAAGUGGAAUUUCCUCUCGUCAGAGGCCAAUCGUUUAUUACCGCCGCUUACACAGGUUUAACCCCUCAAUUCUUCACACAACAUGCCAUCAUCAGUGUUACUGCAGAUCAGGUACAAGGCGACAUGUAUACAGGCAAAAAGUUCAAGAUCUCUUUCAACGAUAAUCCUACCAGUACAUAUCUCAUCUACGCAUUGGAUGGCCCUCUUACAUUGACAAAGCGAGAUAUGAAUAAUCUGGUUGCUUUGAAUAAAUACAAUGGCGUCAUUCAAGUAGCAAAACUGCCCUCUGCGGAGGAUGAGGCUCUCUUGGAUGCGCAUCACGGAGUUUGGCCUACUGCAGGAACCGUGGAUACCAGUAAAGAUGGGUCCAAGUAUACCAUUGAUUGGCACAAGGCAGGAGAUGUAUCCAAACCUUUACUUACUUAUGCCUAUCCUCACCACAUGAAGAGCUUCUCAUUGCAUUCCGUCACGAAAACCAACCUCAUCUUGCAAUCUAGUUCCAAAGGUCCUAUGCAAGCUGUUAUCGGUGAUCAAUGGGCUCUCCAGGAAUCUGAUUUGAGCCGCACCGAAUGGUUUCCAGAAAGACCCUCGCCUGAACAAUCUACUCACAACGAGAUUCUGCAGCAGUUGGUGUCUGAUGUCGAGAGCAACUAUACGCAACAUACACAGCGCGGCGAUAAUUACUUUUCUGGCAAGGGCCUUCAAAAGGUAGCACUGACAGCUCUUGUCUUGAAUGAGCCUGAUAUCACUGGUCUCCGCAAUCCAGAGUUGGCUCAAGUUGCCCUUGACAAAUUGAAACAGGCUUUUGUGCCUUACCUAGAGAACCGUCAAGAGGACCCCUUCCGCUAUGAUCCUGUGUACAAGGGCAUUGUUUCUCUCGCUGGCCUCCCUGUCGAAAUGGGUGGCACUGGAAACAAGGAUGCAGCGUUUGGCCACUCUUACUACAACGACCAUCAUUAUCACCAAGGGUAUUUCGUCGUAACAGCUGCCAUCAUUCACCAUUUAGAUCCUUCCUGGAGAGCCCAAGAACUGAAAGCUUGGACAGAGACACUCAUCCGCGAUGUCAACAAUCCUGUUGAAAACGACACUUACUUUGCACCAUUCAGAAAUUGGGAUUGGUUUGCUGGUCAUAGUUGGGCUGGCGGUAUCAAGGUAGACGGCGCAUUAGACGGUAGAGACCAAGAGUCUGUACCAGAGUCUGUCAACUUUUACUGGGGCACAAAGCUGUGGGGCCUCGCUACCAAAAACGUGGCCAUGCACAAUUUAGCUAAUUUGCAACUAGCUAUUACCAAGAGAACCACGUACGAGUAUUUUUGGAUGUUGGAUGGCAACAAGAACAGACCCAAGCAGAUGGUAGAAAACAAGGUGGUUGGUAUUUACUUUGAACAAAAGGCGGAUUAUACGACUUACUUUGGAAGAUACCUAGAGUACAUUCAUGGCAUUCAACAGCUUCCCAUGACUCCCAUCUUGGCUGAAUACAUGCGUACAUCUGAAUUUGUGUCUCAAGAAUGGGAUCAGAAAUUAGCCAAUGUAGCACCCACUAUCAGUAGUCCUUGGGCAGGCGUUCUCUAUCUGAAUUAUGCAACAGUCAAUCCAGCCAUCGCUUACCCCAUCCUGAGACAUAUUGCUAUAGACGAUGGACAAACAAGGUCGUACUCACUUUACAUGGCUGCGACCAGACCCAACUUUUACCGUCGAUCCUUCUCUAAAUAUUUAAGGGAAAAGGCUAGAAAAUUAAAGCUUUCCUUAAAGCAUGAUGACCCAUGA